AUGGUGGUCCUAGUGGAUCUGGAAGACGAUGAACCGCCUUCAUUGCAAGCCCCUCACGCGUCUGGUCUACUCAACGUCAAGCCACUGCACCACUCUCUUGACGAAUCGACGGCAGAAAGUGGGCAGAGCGCGACAGUGACGGACCAGAGGCCGAACCCAAACGUCAAUGGAUUCAGCGCUGCCCUGAGCUGCUAUCCGUGA